AUGGGAGAUUUCAUGCCUAUUCUGAAAUGGGUUGGAUUCAAUGGGAUUGAAAAGAAGUUGGCGGUAUUACAGGAAAAAAGAAACCAGUUCAUGCAAGAUUUGAUUGAAGAGCAUAGAAGAAUGAGGAGUAAUUCUUCUUCUGAGAAGGAAACCAAGACAAUGAUCGAUGUUCUCCUGUCAUUCCAAGAAAGUGAACCUGAAUACUGUAAAGAUGAAAUCAUCAAAGGCAUGAUGCUGAUGAUUGCUUCACCAAAAACGAUAUCAUCUUUGCGAACCGCCCUCGACUGCUUGCCAGAAAACACCUUGGCUAUGAUUACACCACCAUUGUCUCGGCCUCCUCCGGCCACCUCUGGUGCAACUUAA